AUGGCGAUAUUGACGGACAAAACUUCGGCAUGGUGGCAGCGUAGGAACGUGCUUCGCCUAUGGUGGUGGGAAGCCAUCUGCUGCUGUCUUGUCGUCGCUGCGCUCAUCGCAAUCAUCGUCACCGCCCGCGACUACGACCACCAGCCGCUUCCGCAAUGGCCGUAUGGAAUAUCCAUCAACACCUUCAUCGCCGCCUACAGCGUCGUCAUGAAAAGCGCGGCAGGCCUCAUCCUCGCCGAAGGCAUCAGCCACCUAAAAUGGACAAACCUCAAGAAACCCCAGGCCCUCCGCAACUUCGACGUGCACGACCAGGCGAGCCGCGGACCCUGGGGCGCCGCCCUCCUCAUCUUCUACGACAAAGGCCUAAGCUUCUCAUCUCUCGGUGCCCUAGUCACGAUCCUAAUCCUCCUCUUGGAGCCGUUCUCCCAGCAGAUCGUACGGUUCUACGAUUGCACGCAGCUUUCCACGGGAGAGGUUGCUACGAUUCCGAGGGCGAAUGUCUUCUGGGAGCCGGGCCUGCAUGAGUGGGCAGGACGGGAGACGAUUCCUUUCCCCGUGAGAAAUGCGUUUUAUCAAGGAUUGUUUGCCACAAAUCAGCCGCCGGUUACGGCGGCUUGUCCGACGGGGAAUUGUACGUUUUCUGAACGCUAUAGUUCCGUAGCUUUCUGCAGCUCCUGCGAGGACGCCACUUCGCGCUUGAUACGAACGGACACUUACCCACAGUUCCCCACUAACAUCACCGGCUUCAAUGGCUCUUACACAGUCCACUACAUCAACGUAUCAUUGCCCGAUGUCGUCACGUACCAGGGAAGCGUCGACGUCCCUGGAAUGAUGCCGCUCAGCCUCAUCCGCAGCAACGGAACCUACAUCAACGCGGGCGCCGUCAAUCCCAACCCCUCCUUCAUUUCCAGGAUCGGCAGCGACAGCAGGGUCGGCAUCAUCCGCUGGGUGCAGCCGGACUCGUACAUGGGGUACACGUGCUCGCUCUGGCCGUGCAUGAAAACCAUGUCGGCCGAGAUUGUAGCUGGCCAGCUUCGCGAACGCGUGGAAAGCGAGACGGGUUCAAACUUAGCGGAGACGUUUUCUGGCGCAGUCAAGUAUACGCAGAGUCUGACUACCGCGGACCUCGACUGCGUAUCGCCAGAGAAGAAGCAGGUUCUUCGAGACUUAGGUUACAAUUUCACAGAUUCCCAACGCUGGUUGCCGUAUUAUGUCCGGGAUGUCAAUGGAACACUGGAUCCGGGAUAUGACUCGUCAGACUACUGCUCCGGCGCUGAUAUCGACCCGCAUUGCCAGUUGGAAGGGGAAGAAUACCGACUGCCCAAGGAACUGUCCGAAGCAGUUCCCGCUCGUUGCAUCUAUACGCUAAGCGAAAUAGGCAUGUCGAGCAUCCAAACCAUUCUCUUCAGCCAAAUCUUCGAAGGCAACCUCACCGAGUCCGUCAACUACGGCUACGAAGCCUACGACGGCCCCGCGACGCUCAUGGCGCUCUGGAACGCCGGCAGCGGCAACGGCACCCUCGCGGACAUCAGCGGCGCCAUGCACAACGUCAGCAGCGCCAUGACGACGCACAUGCGCAUGAACGGGCUCGCGAACUUCACCGUCCCCGCCGAGGGCCGCAUUUUUUACAAUACGACGUGCAUCCGCGUGCGCUGGCACUGGCUUGCGUACUCGGCGGCGACGGUCGGCCUCACGCUCGUGUUCUUCGUCGGCAUGGUGGUGCAGGCGCGCAUUGAUCAGGCGCGGCUGUGCAGGCAGUGGAAGAAUGGGAGCACGGUGCCGUCGUAUCAUGAUUUUAAGUCGAGUGCGCUGGCGCUGCUCUAUCAUGGGUUGGAUUGGGACAGCCAGAGAGGGAUGAGGGACUUCGGGGCGAGUAAUUGGGAGAAGGAAUUGGAGGAGCGAGCAAAGGAGAUUACGGUGAGACUUGUGACUACAGAGCAGGGGUGGAAACUGUCGACGCAAGAUAGGCGAUGA